AAGAUGGGUCGAGAGGGCGACUGGGGAGAAAUGAAUGUGUCGUCCAUAGGAACGACCGUACACAAUAUGCAGGAACUAUAUCUUAUAGGUUCUAUUCCAUCACGGCGGUUAGAUCAAGUUGCUAAUACAUUAACACAUCUUCUGGGUGAUCCUGUGCCUGUCUUGGACUUUUGUAUGGUUUUUAAGCCUAAAGAUGUCCCACUUACAUUGCCGUCUAUGCCAGAAUCCUGGCUGCGGCUCUCAGCGGAUGUUAAAGCACUGGACGAGUCUGAUGCUGAGUGGAGCCGGAAAGCACAAUGGAAAUUGCGCCUAGAAGGUGCCUCUGAACCGAAACGACAAAAUAAAUGUGGCAUCCGGCCCGUGAACGAAGCCAAGUUCACAGAUGGACCUGUAUUAGAGUUUGUGCAAAAAAUGGGUUAUGAAUUCUCUCAUGAGUACAUUGUACAGGGCCUGGAGUUCACGUAUGACACAUGCAAAGUACUGAUGUUUCAAACAUUAUUGCCUUCGCAGCCGCACAUCAUACAGCCUCCGUUUCAUCCCUUAAAUGAGACAUGGAUUUUGCAAGCGAAGGCGAUUGUCUUGGAUGCAACAAACCAGCGUGAAAUGAUGGUUCAAUCGCAAAGACUUACCUCCUUGCAAUCGCUUUUAUCGAGUGUAUGUGAUUUAAGAAAUGAACGACUUUAAGUCAGUUGUGUAAGAGGAGUGUGUUUUUGUAAAUUGGGUGAUUUAGCAAUGAUUCGGUAGCAAAGAAAUGUUCAUUGAAUAAGUAACAAGGUUGGUCGCCAUUAUGCGACAAUGCCAAUGUACUCGGCCUUUUUGUAUUUUUCCACAAGUUCGGGAAAUUGAACCAGAAAGCGGUCAACAAAUGGCAUCAAGAUUUUGCCUGAGAGUGAAAGACUGCGUACUCUGGCAAAUGAUUCAACGUAAACUAUUUUAAUAGGUUUACCCAAAAGCUAGUGCAUGGUUAGUUAGCGAACUGUCAAAUGUAUGAAAACUUAUACGCUUACCCGCGCUAGCAUUGCUGAAAAGCAUAUGAGUACACAAGUUCCCGGACCAUUGCAUAAAAGGACGUCUGGUGUGCCGAAUUCGUUCAUGAAAAUUACUCUAAGAGCUCCAAAAAGUGAAAUAAAAGCAGUAAAAGGUGUUGUCAACCAUGAUUGCUUCACAUAUCGAGCCCUUGGCACAGAAAGAAGCUGCGUUCUCAAAUCUGCUUGCUGAGACAUCAAAACCUUAGCCUUUUUCUGACUCAUUUUGUCAUCUCUUCCAGUAACAUAUGUUCGAACAGGGUACAACGUACUGUUCAAUGCGUUUAAUAAGCUCAUCAUUUCAGCCGUAUGGCCCCCGGACCCAAAAAAAGCGAGCAAAUGUUUUUCUGCAGCAUGUGAUGAUUCACUGGCAAACGUAGUGCGAUGAAGAAGGAUAGGAAGGCAUGGGAAUAAAAGGAGUAUGCUAAUUAAUAAAAUUGUGCGCAUUUCAGUUAUGACAGGUUUUUAUUUAAAUAGAACAUAUCCCUAUGGUUAAGCGAGGGUAAAAAAAAAACGAAAUAACGCUAACGAAUAGAAGAUCCU